GCGCCUUUCGCCUGCCAUGUUGUGUUUUUCCGCGUUUUUCCCAGGAGAUAGAAGCUCCAAUCAAUGGAGCACUGCCCGGAUCUUUGAGAGGGAGCUGUGUGGUAAACGCGGAGCCAGUGUGAGCAUGGAGCAGUGCCCCAAGAGAGAGAGAGAGAGGGGGGGGGAAUGAGAGAGGAAGAUACUUGCUAAACUGCGUCUUCGACCCUUUAACAAUGGCGGUCUAGCUUACGACGUGCCUGCUUCAUAUGCACGACGAUUCACAACGAUUCACGACUAAAACGACUCCAUAUUGUGCUCAAUAUUGAUUUGCAAAUAGGAUCAGGGUAGUGACUGUUAAUGGAGCGGUGGACUGGUGGUCGUAAAGUGCUGUGAUUACCCCGUGAUGGACUGUGUAAUUAGUGAUGUGUUAUGCAUUACGAGCUAAAAGUGUUCGGGGGAGGUUAGGCUUCCAAGAUAAGUCAAGAAUUGAUGAGAAGACGAUGUAAUAACAAAAAUGAACAAAAAAAUAUUCUUUGUUACGAAAAUGCGAAACAAUAAACAUUACAAAUUAGACAGGAUGAAUAAGAACUUAUAACAAUGAAAAAAAUAAUGUUUAUUCACUGAAAGAAAUGUGAAGUUUGGAAUCAAGGAGUAACUUCAGAUCAACUUCAGUUGGAUUUUGAUAUUGAAGAAAUAGCUAGAAAACUAACUUCAAGUUGGUGUUUCUUGAAGAAGAUAUCUACGAGGAAAGAACUUCUAGUCAACCCCAAACCAUCUUCCAGCUGAUUAAAUUUCCAGAGACAAGUCCAGAGCAAAACUCCAAACCAACUCCCUGCUGAUUAAACUUCCUGGAACAACCCCAAACCAACUUCCAGCUGAUUAAACUUCCUGGAACAACCCCAAACCAACUUCCAGAUUGCUCACCCUAGGUAAGAAUCGCCGUUCCAGAGCUCCUCAAGAUGUACAGCAUGGACGGCUUCGACAUGGAAGCCCUCAACAGGCAGUUUUUCGAGUCCGCCGCCUUCAGCGAGUUCCAGGCGGGCGUGGUCUUCGAGCCUGGAAGCGGGGGAUCUUCCCCUGCGCAUCUGGACCAGGAGAACACGUAUCUAGUCUUCGAAGGAGACAGCGGAGGUUCAUCUCCGUCCCACAACGACCAAGAGAACACGGUCCUGCGCAGGAAGAAGAAGCGUCGCUGCCUGAUGGCGCAGAUGCAGCAGCGCCAGGCGGCCAACAUGCGCGAGAGGAAGAGGAUGCAGAGUAUCAACGACGCCUUCGAGGGUCUGCGCGCCCACAUACCCACUCUGCCUUACGAAAAGAGGUUGUCCAAGGCGUUUUCACAGGUAGACACCCUGCGGCUGGCCAUAGGGUACAUCAGCUUUUUGGCCGAACUGGUCGCCACGGACAGGUCGCCCGACCCCCACCUGCAUCCUCCGAACCAGAAUGAGUCCAACCGGAAGAUCAUCGUCAGGAGUUCCAGGCUGAGCGUCGACAGCGUCCCACACUCCCUGACCUGGUCCUACGUCAGGCCGCUGGUGGUCAACGGGAAGGUCACAGCCAAGACCUGGGUGCCGGAGCAGCAGAAACAGCAGUGACAGCCGGCUAGUGACAGCUCUCCCAGGAAGGUGCUUAGUCAGCAAAAACAACAGGGCAACACCGAGGGGAAGUGAAGUCAGUUUCGGAAGAAGAAGAGACGUUUGAGCGGGACGCGAAAAGUGGGAGUCAGAAAGUUGUAUUUGGAGGGCGUCCGAGAGGGGGAAAGUGCAUUCUGUCAUGAAGGUAGUCCUCAGGUGAAAGCACCCAAGAGGGAAAGUUGUAUUUGAGAUGAAGAUGAAAGCUGAAGAGAAAGUACCAGGAUGUGGUAAUUCUGAGGGGAAAGUUAUUCUAAGUGAAAAAUUGAAUCUGAGGGAAAAGUACCAUAAGGUGAUCCUUACGGGAAAGUUAUAUUUCAGCGGAAAAAGAAAUCCAAAGAGAAAGUUAUAUUUGUGAGGAGAAUGAAACCUGAAGAGAAAGUAAUAAAAAAAUAAUCUUAAAGGGAAAGUUAUUUUUGAAAAUGAAAGAUGAGUUCAAAAUUAUUUCUGAGUAAAGUGAAUUCCUAGGAAAGUGAAUAUUUAGAAAACGUAUUUUUGAAGGAAAAGCGAAUUCUGAAAAUGAGUAAGUUGCUUUUGGUGUUGCAUCCCAAAAGGAAAAUGAAUUAGGGGGAACUGAAUUCUGAAGAAAUAAAAGGAUUCACAGAGUAAGAAAUUAUGGAAAUGAAUUCUGAUAGUCAGCAAAAUCUGAAUGGAAAAUGCAUUCUUGAAAAGUGGUGAACUUACGACGAAAAGGAAUUGUGUGAAAGAAUGAAUUCUGACCAGAAAUAUAGAGAUUGAAUUCUAGUGUAGUUUGAAUUCUGUGGAAAUGAAUUCAACGAAAUUGAAUUGUAUAGGGCAUAAGGGAAGUGAAAUUUGACUUCAAAUGAAUCCUGGAAAUAAUGAAUUUGACACGAAAAUGAACUCGAGUUGAAUUUUAACAGGUAACAAAUUCUGUAAGUGAAUUUUAAGAAUUCAGAGCAAUGCUGACGAGAAUGAAUUCAAAAUGGAAGUGACUUCUGAUGGAAAAAUGAAUUCAGAGAGAAAGUUAAUCCUGCCGUGAAGUGAAUUCUAAAGAAAUUGAAUUUUAAAAAUGAAUUUAGAAAAUUCCGGAGAACUUACAAUGAAUUCUGGAAAGCAGAAACCAGCUAUUUCCGACGAUACUGAAUUCAGUAAAUACAAAAUGAAUUCAACUAGUGAAUUCAGGCCUUUUGUAGGUGAAUCCAAGAAAACCAAUGACUGAAUUCAAUUAUUUCAAUGUGGAUAAAAAUGAAUUCAACUUUGGAAUAUUAACUCGUGUCCAAGAUGGAGGUUUGAAU